AUGUCGUCCUCCAACAAACGCCAGUCCGUCCUCCCCAAGGUACCCUCAGGACCCAAAGCCCCCGUCAACUUCGGCUCGCACGUUACCAUCGCCGAUUCUGCUAUUCUGACCGGUAGCCACACCAUCAACAUCUCCUCUGAGUCCGUCAUUCAUCCGCGUGCGAGACUCGAGUCUACCUACGGUCGAAUUACCAUUGGACGACGGUGCAUAGUCCAUGAGCGUACUCACGUUGGCGCCCCAUCCUCGGACGAUAAGCGCGGUGACUUUGGGGUUUUGACUGAGGACUAUGUUGUGGUAGAGGUCGGAUCAAUCAUAGAGUCGGGAAACACUACCAUUGGCGAGGGAUGUCAUAUAGGGCCUCGAGUGACUAUCGGCAAGGGGGCUAAGCUGGGGAAGCACUGCACCAUCACGGCCAAGAGCAUCAUCCAACCUGGUGAGGUGGUGCCCGACUACACCGUGGUAUACUCGAAUGGUUUACGGCGUACAGACAAGCGCGGCCUGGAGAUACUCAAGGCAAAGGCUCAAGCUCGUCAGAUCGAGAUCUUGAGGAGGUUGAUAUCCAGCAAUCCUGCCAAAUUCAAAGACUGA